UUAGUUGCGGCUCCGUCGCGUGUGAUGUUAUUCCGCUUGUGGAAAAUAUUGCGAAUUACGCUGAAUUUAAACUAAUAUUUAAACAGUAUAAUACUCUUGAACAUUUCAAUUUCUACCUUUCAUCUUUCUAUCCGCAUAAUCAUCUCGACUACGAGUGUUUAACGUUAUCUAUUCUCAUUGUUUAUUUUUAUUUAAUUUGCGCGGGAAAAACGCCGGUUUUGUGAAUAUUAUGUUGUUUAGUGAUUUUCUUUGUUCUUGCUACGUUCUAUGACAUUUAUUGGAUUGUAGAUUUGUGUUUCUUUUUUGUUUUGUUUUAUGCCGGCGUGCACCUACACGUGUUUUAUCGAUCGACCGGCGAGUUUGAAGUUGACUGAGAUCCAGCUUUAGUCCAGUGCUGAGAAUCGAUCUGCAAUUGCGAAAGAUAAACUGAACGGUUUCGGGAGCCGUUAGUGAAACAAAGGCAUAGUUUAUGAAAAGGUGAACUUGUAACAAUCGAGAAACAGAUUGCUAACACGAAGCGAAGCAGGCGCAUUGGCCUCCGACCAUGAAUUAGAUAUCGCUGCAAACGAUAUCGAAACGUGAGUAUCGCGACUCGGAGAACACAAUAUCCAAAUGUUGAAGAAUGAUUUACGAGGAUGCCGGUGUCCUGAAGAUGGCCUCACGCACCCCGUCCCUUGAGUCGCUGCCCGGUGCCAACUCUAUAGGUUCGCUGGAGCGUGGCUCCUUAUCACCACUGACCUUGAGCGGCUCCUCGCCUCCCGCGAGUGACUCCGCCGUAUGUGAUCUUCGCGAAUUCGACGGUCUAGACACCACCUGUGCUAUUUGCCGAGAGACAUUCGUUGACCCUAAAGUUCUCAACUGCUUCCACACCUUCUGCAGAGGUUGCCUCGAGCGAGAACAAACCCACCCCGACAAAGUAACUUGCGUCACUUGCCGUGUGGAUAGUCACCUGUCCCCAGCCGGUGUACCUGGACUCCUCACAAACCUAGUGAUCGCAGCAGCCGUCGAACAGGACGCUGAUCUUCUGCCGUCCGGACGUCAGACUAAUUCGCCCACUGCGCCCUGUACUGGCUGCAAAUCUAAGGAAUCCGACGCUGUAGCGCGCUGUGUAGAUUGCGCUAACUUCCUGUGUCCCAAUUGCGUCAUGGCUCACCAAUUUAUGCAUUGCUUUGAAGGUCAUCGUGUGCUGGCCUUCACGGACCUAAAAGAUGAUAAAGGUCUUCUUAACUCGACGCUCUCGGCGAGCGGUGAUAAAACCGCAUUCUGCCCGAGACACAAAAAUGAUAUUCUGAAAUACUUUUGUCGCACUUGUUCUGUGCCAGUAUGCAAAGAAUGUACUAUUAUCGAACACCCCGCGGCGCUACACGACUGUGAACAUUUGUCGGAUGCGGGGCCUAAACAACUUGAACUCAUGCAGCAAGCAGUAAAUGAAGCUAAAACACGUGCAACAGAAAUAAGACACGUUGUGAAGACGGUAGAACAUGCUGCUGGUAAACUUCAAGUUCAAUAUCAUAAAGCUCAAAAUGAAAUUAACGACACCUUCCAAUUCUACCGCUCUAUGCUAGAAGAGCGUAGACAGGAGUUGCUGAAGGAACUGGAAAGUGUUUUCUCGACAAAACAAAUUGCUCUCACUGUCGUGGGACAGAAAGCUCAAGAAACUGUAGAUAAAAUAUAUCAAACAUGCGAUUUCGUCGAAAGGUUAACGAAAUGCGCCAACAUCGCCGAAAUAUUGAUGUUUAGAAAACUUUUAGAUACUAAACUGCAAUCUUUAAUUAGCACAAACCCGGAACAAAGUGUACAAACUGCUUGCGAACUCGAAUUUGUAUCGAAUUAUCAAGCGAUACAAGUCGGCGUAAGGAACACUUUCGGUUACGUUCGCUCUAGUUCUGAAGCGAACGUCGGUCCUACCAAACAACCACCAAUUGCUCGUCCCACCAACGGUUCUCUGUUGAAUGGCGGAUCUUCCUCGAGCAGCAGCAGCGUAAAUGGAAGCUCAGGAAGCCUUAACGGUGGUAUUCACCUGCCGACUGGAUUAAAUGGUGUUUUAGACAGACCUUACUCGAAUGGACUUCUCGGUCCUACCAGCCAAUCAACAUCUCCGUUUGAUACGAACAUUAUCUCCAAACGUUUUACUAGUGGUAGCUCUCUCGGGCCUUUCUCCUCUGCUAUUGGAGACAUCAACUUAAACGGCAUAAACCCAUACGAAAAAUGGUCAAAUGGAGGAUGUGACACGCUGUUCCCUCCUGCCACAUCGGACCCAUAUUCUCUUUCUGCUGCCGCUCAUUCAGAUCCAAUUUUAGAUUUGACAAACAAAUUAAUAUCCACUGCCAUAUUCCCUCCAAAAUCACAGAUCAAACGGCAAAAGAUGAUAUAUCACUGUAAAUUCGGUGAGUUCGGUGUGAUGGAAGGCCAAUUCACAGAACCGAGCGGAGUCGCUGUCAAUGCUCAAAACGACAUAAUUGUCGCCGAUACUAACAACCACCGAAUUCAGAUUUUCGACAAAGAGGGCCGCUUUAAGUUUCAAUUUGGCGAGUGUGGCAAACGAGAUGGACAGCUAUUGUACCCUAAUAGGGUGGCCGUUGUCCGAACCUCUGGAGAUAUUAUCGUAACAGAAAGAUCGCCGACACACCAAAUACAAAUUUACAAUCAGUAUGGACAAUUUGUACGGAAAUUCGGUGCCAAUAUUCUUCAACACCCCCGCGGUGUCACCGUGGAUAACAAAGGACGAAUCGUCGUCGUGGAAUGUAAAGUUAUGCGUGUCAUUAUCUUUGACCAAGUAGGAAACGUUCUGCAGAAAUUUGGAUGCUCAAAACAUUUAGAAUUUCCGAACGGCGUUGUGGUGAACGACAAACAAGAAAUAUUCAUUAGUGACAACCGCGCGCAUUGCGUCAAAGUCUUCAACUACGAAGGCAUUUACUUACGACAGAUCGGAGGAGAAGGAGUGACCAACUACCCGAUAGGCGUGGGCAUCAAUGCCGCCGGCGAAAUCUUAAUCGCCGACAAUCACAACAACUUCAACCUAACAAUAUUCACUCAAGACGGACAGUUGGUAUCGGCUUUAGAAAGUAAAGUAAAACACGCUCAAUGCUUCGACGUAGCUCUCAUGGACGACGGCUCGGUAGUGCUCGCGAGCAAAGAUUACCGCCUCUAUAUUUACCGUUACGUGCAAGUGCCACCUAUUGGCAUGUGAACGUCCCGACCUCACUCAACCCCAGCGCAGUCGGGAACUUCCGGCGACACUUAAAGCCAAAAAGAAAAGUUAACGAUUCUGGCCGUAUGUGUCAAUUUUUAUUACAAGGUGACUGUUGAAGUGGAAUAUAAGAAAUAACUACGUUUGCGGCUGUCUCGAUGUGAUCACUUGACCGAUAGCCCUCCGCCGAGGCGACGACGCCUGGGUCGAGGGAGGCUCGAUGCAUUAUGUACCUAUAUUUUAAACGAAACUGUAAUGAGAUUAGUUUUAGUAUUGACAUUGUUAUAUAAGUACCUAAGUGGAGUACGAGAGAUUAUUCCGUUGGUUUGAGCCGAAAAUAUCGUACGAUUCUCGACCCUUAUCAUUUUUGAUCUAUGAAUAAUAUUUUUCCAUAUCCCACGUCGUUAAAUUAGGGAUGAAUAUUACGGGCGUUUGUAUUAUUUAGCCCAUUUGUUGGACCAAUAUUUUAACUAUUAUUACUUAAAAUUGUUAGGCGUUAAGCGAGUGAUUUUAUUGAAUUAAGAGAGCAUCGAGUGGUAUUGUUGUUAGUUUUAAGGAUAUUCUUCGGCACAAUGGCACUUCCUGUUUUGAAUUAGCACUUAUUCUGUGUCGAUGGAAAAAUAAUUAUGAAUCUAAUUAAGAAGUUGUUACAUAUUCUUAGGUAAGUGUUAAAUGGAAUUAAACUAAAAUGGACAACCUUUAGUUACUACCCCCUUUUUAAUGUAGUUACAAAAAUUAGGGAAAGUGAUGUUAGGGGUUUUAUCAAUGACAAAGUUGACUGCGGCGUUUCUUAAAGUACGGAUAGAUCAAACGUUCGGUUAAUACAACUAGAGAUCUACCAGACAUCACACGAGAAGUGAGUUGCGCCAGUCCUUGGAAUGAUAAUAACUUAGAGUAUUAUAAAGCAUUUGAGAAUGGUUGUUUUUGAUUUUGAGUAUUGGAAUACUGUUAGGACUACAGAUAUGACGUCAUUACCGCCUAGUCACUGAGAGCCCACGGAUCCAUAAAUUCCUCAAUUUCGUUGUUUUUAUUACAAUUAGUAACAUUUGGUUGAUAUAAUAUUAUUCGUUUUUAUACAAAACUUAAGUAGGUAUUUUAUAUUAAUUAAACACGGUAGUAACUAGUAGAGCACUUAGUGAAGGUUCGUUUCGCAAGAUUUUUGAUUUAACUAUUUUUCGAGAUUUUAACAGUGACGCAUUUUGCCGCUCACUGAAGUAUUAUAGCUUACUUGAUACGUCUUACAAACCUGUUAAUUCUAGUAAGAUAUUUUUUAUACGAAAACAACUUUAUUUUUGUAGCAUUAUUAGUUUACGGUGCAUGUGUAACGUUUAUUUUUUUUAUUUUACGAAUAUUAUGCUAUCGUUAGAUUACUACUUUACCGCGUGUUUGAGUGUGUUAGAGGAAUUAUUUUAGCUCGAUUUUUCAUUAGUUUUCAUUUUUUAGUUUUAUUUUUUGUAGUUUGCUGAAUCUAUGACAAUAAUCAGAUCUGCCGCUUAAUGUUUGAUCUGAAUAAAACACUAGAGUAGGACUCGCACGCCCCUAGAACGAUUGAAGCCACGCCACUAUGACCUUUGCUCGUAUCUCGCAAUACCUGCUUUACAUGUGCCAUACAACCAUGUUGUGAUGUUUUAAGUGAUAUUAAGUGUUGUUUGUAAAUAUGUACCAUAAUAUCUUUGUACCGAAUUUUAUACAUAAGUUUAUCGAAUUUUUUCACUACUACUUGUGCAAAUUACUUGGUCAAUAAUGCAAUGAAUUGCUUAAAAAGGCUUUAUGAUUUUUACACUUAUUUCGCACGUAAGACAUUAUUGUUCGCAAAUUUGCAUUAAAGUUUCUGAAAGGUUCUCGGGAUUAUUUAAUUGUCUGCAUUUAGCAGUCCACGGUGCUUUCAAUGGAAUCAUAUUUGACGUGGCUUCGAUCUAACUCCAUCUGAUUCUGUCACUAGAUUAGGCGAAAUAGAGUUUUGCAUCCAUUCUUUAGAAUCUAAAUUGCAGUGAUUGAUCACCAAUGAUUUAACGUAUAGCGUCUGUUCCUAGUAAAUUAUUCCGUUCUAAGGAUGGCUUUCAGAAUUUUAUUUCUUUUAAUCUACUGCACUCCUUAUGGUAAGCUUGAUUUAAACCGAUAAUGUUUCUUUUUUGAUCAAUGACAAUUCAAUCAUUACGAGAUCCAAAUAUUUGUUUAGAUACAAUGAACAAAAGUCACACGAGAAACUAUCGGUUUAAAUAAAUCUCUUAGGAUUAGACCGGAACGUUCAGUCAUCGCGUUACCCACGAACGAUCGGUCUUUGAUAAAACAUACGCUUUUACUUAAUUAAAAAGGAUUCACGUAAUAUAUUUAUAUUAAGUACCUAUAACUUAGUAUAUCGAAAUUCUAUGUAAGAUUAUGCAACUUAUGACAACUGCUCCCGUUAUGUAUGUAAUCCAGUUUUUAUUAUUUUUUGAUUUUACAGUAAUUAUUUAGUUUUGUUUUUCAAGAGACGUGUUUUAAGUUUGUAUUAUUUUUGUUCACAAAUGACUAAGUUUGUGGUUUAGCAUAAUAGAACACAAAAAGAUUUAAGAGUAAAUCGUUCAUUCUUAAAAAUUGCAUUUCUGAAGCUUAAGGACUGAUUAAAUUUGAAACAUGUUUUGUCUUUAAAUAUAUUUUGUCAAUGUUUGUUGUUAUAAUUAUUAUAUUUUUUUAAGUAUUUGUAUAAACAAUUGUUCUUUAAAUUAAUGUACGUCGUUUUGUUUUGAAUUAUUUUUGUUGUAUACUUGCUUUUUUAUAAUAAUACCAGUUCUUUGCAGUUUGACUGUGUGUUUUAUUUUUGCUUUGCCCAAGUAGUGCUGCUCAGUAUUCGACCGAAGUUACCACUGUGCUAGUCCAUCUAACACAGUGCUAGCUCAAUCAGGUUUGUGCUAUCGAAUCCUCCAAACAAAACGUCUGUGCCUUACUACUAAACAUUCAUAAACUUUGUCACGUUUAUCUCUUGCCGAAUUCGCUUUCAGCACUGUACCUCUAAAUUUCUAUCAAUCUCAAAUAAACUUAAAAAACAGGGUUCGGUAGCACAAACAACCGGUUGUAGGAACCACGAGUGAGUUUUAUAAUUUGGGGUUCUUGUGUGUGUGUGUGUGUGUGUGCAUUUUUAUGAGAAUUCAUUUGAUACAGUUGGUGUUGGGGAACAAACAUUGGCAUGAAAUUAGUAAGUAUUAAUUUAGAUAAGACACAAUAAAACGAGCACCAUUUUUUGUUUCUUUAAUCAAUUAGGAAUUGCUGCACAUUUAAAGCUUGCAACGUAGUAUUAAAUACGACUUUACUCACGUAGCAUCUCAGUGCAUUAGGCGGUGGAUUCACUAUCGAGGUCUCAAAACCACAUCCGUAUGAGGCCGGGCUAUAAUUAAGAAUGUUAAUCUAUGGUAAAAUAAGAGUUCUGUAUGACUACGUCUAAGGUGAAGUCUAACGUUAAAGCCAGACGGAGAUUAUUUGAUUCUUUCUCAGCACGUACGUUUUAUGACCUAAACCACUAUUUCCAAGUCAAUUACUCUAGGGAACAUUUUACUAACUAGCACCUACUAGUACAGUAAGCACAGUUAGGCUUACGAAAUUGUUUAUAAUUUUAUACUCAGCUCACUCUAAGACUAAAAUUAAGAUUUAACACAUCGUCAAUGUUAUGUUUAUAUUUCUAGGCUCCACUCAUCUGCUUUUUCCACUCGAUUAAUUCUCACCUAAAUCUUGUUAAACUAUUCAUUCCUAUUAAUAGUCUUAAAUGAUACAUAAGUCAUACAAUAUUCGGCACAUACGAUAGCCUUUCAGUUAGAAUGAAAAAGUUUGACGUUAGUCUUCGAUGAUCAUUGAUGAAAUUUCAAGCUUGAUUAUUGACCCCAUUUUAUAAUGAUUUAGCGCAAGAUUAAAUCCACCUCAAUCAGGAAGUGUGCAAAAAUGUAUAUAUGUUGGUUAGUUUAGUUUUAAGGCGUGCCGGGAUGAGUACGAGAUGGGCAUGUUUCGGUUAGAUGAAGUAAAAGUUGAUUACAUAGUGUGAGAGUGUGUAUUUUUAUAAUGAAAAUUAUGAUUCAACGAUAGGUAUCUUAAUUACAGUAAGACGUUACUUAGAAAGCAAGUUAUUUGAAAAGUGAUUACAAAAUGAUCCGGUUUGUUGAUUGACACCCGAAUUCGCCAGGAUUAGACUCGACUUAGGACUUAACCAUAUCGAUAAUUUUAAGAGUUUGUUUGAAAUUCAAUAAUUUCGUAUAUAACGAUAAUAAAUUCACCUGUUAAUAUAUUCAUCAAUGUAGAGAAUAAUGUAUUUGAUGUUAGCUUGUCGAAUUGUAUGAUAUGAUCACUUUAUAUUACGUAGUGCAUCGUUGAAUUUACAAUACUUAAUGAUAUUACGUGUUUUUUGGCAUUUAUUGUAAAUAAGAUUGAUGCUUGUGCGUUCGUUUGCUAACUCCGAACUGGCCCAAUCUACUUCUGGUAAUCCUACUUCAUGUUUUAUGUAAAAGUCGAAGCUAAGUGUGCAUUAAAUGUAUAUAGUAGACAAGUGAAUCGAACGUCGACGUCCGCAGACGUUUUUAAUUGCUCAGGAAUUGUAUUAAUUUUUCUGAUAUUUUGAUAAUUUAUUAUAAUAUUUUUCUACCAUCGCUUGUAAGUAAUUAUAGGAUGCGGCGAUGUUGUAUCAUUGUUGAAUUUCAUUAAUUCGCUUAAGUGAACUCUGCACAGAACGUUGGUGUUUCACUUAAUUUUUGAAAUAUUUUUCUUAUAAUACAUGCAAUGAUUUUACUGCAUUCAAUGACUGAUGUUGAGUUUAAAAUGGAAAAAUUAUGUGUUGGACUCUGUGUAAAGCGGAACGAGACGAUCCUCCAUUGGGUAGUCGGUUGGCAGCCUUCGUCUCGAUUCCGGUUUUACGCAAAAUGUCAAAAUUUUAGUUUAGUAAGUUUAGGUGAAAGUAACAAUGCACAUACGAGCACAAAUCAUCCAUCCUCAAAGAUUACUACGCUGAAUGUUUUGAUUGACUCACGUUUGAAUUUAUGAUACAUUUUAUUGUAAAAAAAAGAAAAUAUUUUACUAUCGCUUAUGUUAGUUGAAACGUUUGCAAAUAAUAGUAUUUAUUUUCUCAGUGAUAAUAAUUUUUAUGGCAAGUUUUGGAAUUCUUAAGGUGUUUUAUAUAUUACGGAUUCUACUUAAAUAUUGAAUUAAGACAUAGUACUAUCGUCGUAAAUAUUACUUAUUAUUCUUACGUUCGUGUCGGCUUCUUGUGUAGAUACCACCUAUAAAUUCUAUAUUUUUGUAAGAAUUUUCACCUGCCUUUUCCACGAAUACAAUAACGGCAGCUACAGAAAUAACUUACAAAAUAUAGAUUCACUCGAAACGAUAAUUUCUUAUGUUACGUUAGGUAGUUUUUUAAGCGUAAGGUGUGUGAUUUUAGUUAACAAUAAUGUUUUAUAUGUGGAAAGGUUCCAAAUGAUGCUGGUGGAAUAUGCGAAGCUAAUUACAUAUCAAACAAAGUUUCAAAUUAUUUAUAAUCUGUUGGGGAGGUGUAAGGAUAGAAAUGGUUAGUGAAGGAAAGUGUGGUUUACAGACAAUAUUAAGACAGUUUUCUCGUUUUUGUAAGGAAAAAAGUUUUAAUAGCAAAAUUGUUUCAACGUUUUGAAACGCACAUAUCAUCCACGUAGUGGAGUCGUUGGAAUUCACUAAAUUAAAUAGAACAAUUCCGUUGUUAGAAGAGAUUGAUGAAUAGUGUUGGGUAGGUAAUUUGGAAUCUUUCUCGAAGCUAGACGCCAAAGAGAUUGCUUUUAGAUAAUUCAAUAUUAUCUAUAGGUACGCACGUCGAAUACUUUAAAUUAGUUGUAUGAUGCUUAAAAUGUCCACACACAAAUCGAUUUUAACCAUUUAAUUCCAUCCUGCCAGAUUAAGGAGACACAAUGCUUAUGAAGAUUAUUAUUAUAUCCUACCUAGAUGUAUGUCGUAGUGUGUAUUUUUAGAUAUCGCAUUGUCUAUGUUAGAUUAGUGGUUAAGACACCUUGAGCUUUGUACACUCUGACACCGACGUUUUACCAGUUAAGUAGAGCAGUCUCACCCGCUGACCGACCUUGCAACCAGCCAGCUAACUGAGAAUCCGCUUCGGGCGAGCCUUCGCACCCGCUACGUCAGGUUCUAAAGCAUUUGCAAAUGCACUAUAUAAGAGCUUCACUUCUGUAAAUAAGGCCAAACCGUAGAUUAAUAACAACUUAACUUAACUGUAACUCUGUACCCUUAUUAUAUUGAACUACUGAGACACCACUUUGCGCCGUGGCCUUAAAUUGUAAGGAAUGUUUUAUUCCUUUUUAAUAAAAUUAAACUUCAUUUUUGUACAGACUUAAGUGUUUCCAGUAUUCCAUCGUCAUACAUUAGUUGUCGUAAGUGCUAAUGUGUAUCGUUAGUGAUCGUCUGUCUUAGAGUAGUCGUUGCGGUAGGUUCUACGUAGGCGCUUUAACUAUCCUAACUUUAAGAAAUUGUUGAUUUCGAUAUUCCAAUUCAUGCAUAUCCCCAUCUCUUGAUGAUUGUUACCUACACUAGUUACUUUGAGACUGUUCAAAUUACUCUAUCGAGUUUUCUCUAAGGGAAAGGGCUGUUUUAGCAGAUAUUUUUGAUACAAUGAGGAAAAUCGAAGGGAAACGAUCUUGUAAAUAUGAAGUCGACAAGUGAUUUGCACUUCUCACUCUGCUCUGAACGCUCCGAGCGGAGGCAAAAAGAGUCCAUCCGAUUUUGGACUCGUCGAGUCGUUGUCGUAUCUACUUCGUGGGCGUGGAUGAUACAAUUAAUGUUACUGUAACGAAAGAAAAAACGUUGUUCUUAUAUGAGAUGCGAUAAUUUCGCUGAUAACUUGUUGUUUUUCAUAUAUUCGUAAUAUUUCCUUUAUUUUUUGUACUCUUUAGUGUUAAGGUAAUUAUAAAAUGAAAAUUAUUCAAUGUUGAUUACUCUAAAACAAAUAAUGUACGCGUUAAGAAUGGUGUAAUUAGUUUCCCCGAGAGCCUUACUAGUGAUGAAGCCUUUUCCUUGGAAAGUUAAUCUUUUGUAUGUCUGUCUUAGUAAUAAAGCGAUACCUAAGAAGUAUGAUUGAAACCGUGAGGAAUAAACAUCUUUGAUGUAAAAUUGAAAGAACAACAAUUAUGUGAUCGAAAUCGUCUAUUCCGAGACCUUUAUAUCUCCAGUUCUACUGACCGUCAUAACUUCCACUUUUGUAUGCAAACACCUCAGGUAGGUACGGUAUUAGUUCGGCCUAGCGAUGACUUAAGGUAACUAUAAGGAUUCAUCAUUUUAACUUAGAUCGUACGACUCAAUUUUAAGACUGAUCACAGCAAAGAAAGUUUAAAGAUGCAACAAAAUUUCUGGAUAAUUGUUUUCAUUGGUUACUUAGGUAGAAACUAUAUAGCAUGGUUGAUUAUAGCGACCAAUGACAAAACGGAAUAGUAAGUCCCAAAUGGAAUGAUCAAACAUGUCUGAAUUAUCAGAUGAAGGAAUUAUUUGAUAUUUGUCGCUAUAAAUAGUACAUUUAUCUUCUGUCGAUACUUUCCUGUCUUCUAUUUCAAAGACGAUGGUAAAUUGAAUCGAUACAAGAUUGAUAUGAUCCAUGGUGAUGUUGACUCCAACGAUGUGAACGUUACUGUUAGAAUUGAUUGGAAAAGAGAAAUACUAUUUGUUGCCAAAGUGUUGUUAGGGAUAACCUUGUAGUUAUAAAAAUCGGUUGUCACGUGCAUAAUUAAGUUGUUCUUGGAUGGUUUGAGGUUAAGGAGAGUUGAAAAAUAUUUCCAAUGAUAUAUUUUUUCAUAAUGAACUUGAAUGCUAUAAUCGAUACUUAAGAUUUAUAUUUGUGUAGGGACUUAAAUUAAAGUGUGGUAAUUUUCGUUGCCACGAUUCUAUCUGUAGCGAAGCAGACCCUAUCGGCCGCUAAAGGUGCAUCGUGGCCAACGACUUAGUUGUUUAGUGUUCAUGUUACAUUAGAUUGUAUUCGACGGUUCUAUAUUUUAAACAAUCGAUCACUUGUUUCCGCCUCUGAAGCACUCUUACUCCAUCCCACUUUUAUAUUUCGCACUCUUUGUUUCACUGACAGUCUGAUAUUGUUAAACUCUAAUUUAUUGCUAUUUAUUUUAUAAUUUAAUAUAUUUAUGAAGCUAGUCAGUGUAUUGGUUAGAUUAGCUACUAAGUUCCGCUUAUUUUCCACGAAUAAUGGUUUCGUAAUUACAUGUCUAGUAUUAAAAUGGUAAAAUUGUUUCUAGAAGUUAUCGCUUCUUUCUAGUCAUGGGUUUUUGACUUAAUUCGAAAAUGUUUUUUCCGUUAACCAUUUUGUUUUAAUUCUUACCUUAGUCAACCCAUACAAAUAAUAAGUUGUAGAAAAAAUAUGUUUCUUAAUUUGUGUACAUCAUACAGCUUUUUCUUUAAAUUUUUAUUCUGAGUUGAAGUAAAAAUUUGUGUGCGACUUGGGAGUUUGUAUUUAAAUUUUUAUAAUGUUUAUUCAAUUAACUUGGUUAAUUAACCAAAUUAUUUGCUCAACAGUAUGUUUCGUAGCUGAAUUAUUUUAAAAUUAUAAAUCUUUUCGGUCUAAGAAAUUUAAUGUAUAUUGCUUAUUGUGUGUAUUACUUUGAAUCUUUAUUUAAUUUGAACACUUUCUAGUUUAAACUAAAGCAAGAAAUUCCAAACAUUCCAUGAUAGGGUUUUUUAUGUUUGUUAUUGGUUCAUUGUUUGCAAAUUAUUCCGUGUGGGUUGGACAGCAUUUGUCUCCUGACUCAAAAACUUUGACGAUAGUAGUUAGUAAAGCCUUUUAAAAACAUACAAACGUAUGAUUUGCUCGAAUCUUACUGUCGCCGAGUUUUUGACUGACAUUGCGGUUAUGAAAUCGCGUCAAUACUCUACUUGUUAUUCAGGUACUUUAAGUUAGUCUGUAAGAAUUGAUAAAAUAAUAUCUGAUGAUAAAUUUACUUGUAUGUUGUAUUAAAAUGAUGAACAUGAAAUAAAGAAACUGGUUUGAAA